GGCGGGAAACACUGACUUUAAGACCAUAGUAUCUGUCUGGUUCUGGCCAAUGUUUUAGUAACUUAAAUGUUUGAGUAAGUUUGUGCCUGUUCAGAAUUGAAACAGGCUUCUUUGACCGCAUUGAUCAAGAUAAUCAAACUAGUUUUAAGAGGAAAGUGACAUUAAUUUUGUUGCUGAUCUGGAAUUAGCCGAGAGUAAAUAUUUUAUGCUAGCUAGUUUAUUCGUUAGCAUCAGUGAUACAUAGCUAGCUAAUCCUCAGCAACUGCAAGGAGGAAGAUGGCAGCAGGGAAGAUGUGCCUCAGGAAGAACAAGGAGGAAACUACUGAGUGGACAGGAUUAUUCCUGAGCGACCUAAAAACCAAACAAGAGUCCCUCGUCUUCGUCAAGAGGAUGAUGGCUGUGGCCGUCUCCUCCAUCACCUAUCUCAGGGGGAUUUUCCCGGAGGAUGCCUACAGAUCCAGAUAUCUGGAAGAUUUGUGCAUUAAAGUUUUACGUGAAGACUGCAACACGCGUGGUGCCAGCAAAGUUGUGAAAUGGAUGAUGGGCUGCUUUGAUGCGAUAGAGAAGCAAUAUCUCCAGAUUGUGUUCAUUGGGGUGUACACCAAUCCAGAUGAACCUAACUGCAUUACCGAGUCGUAUCAGUUCAAAUUCAGAUACACUGAGAAGGGACCAGGGAUGGAUAUACUCAGGAACAAUAACGUGGAGAUGCAGGUGACAUUGGAGGACACCAAGAGAGCCUCAGUGCUGCUCAUCAGGAAGCUCUUCCUGCUCAUGCAGAACCUGGAUGCCCUUCCCAGUAAUGUCUACCUCACCAUGAAGCUCUACUAUUACGAUGACAUCACCCCUGCUGACUACCAACCACCAGGCUUCAAGGAGGGUGAAUGUGACAGUCUGUGGUUUGAAGGCAUGGCUGUGCACUUCAGGGUGGGUGAGGUGGAGACGGCCUUUCACAGCUUGAAAGUUCGUGUGUCUGCAGAACAAAGCCGGCUCGAGAAACUUCAGGAAGAGAACCACCUGAGGGAGACCAAGCAGGUUUCUCAGAAAAAUCCUCCAGAGAUCAAGGCUCCUCGUAAGAAAAUGCAUGCUGAAGAGGAUCUGCCCUCUGAAGAUGAGUCUGCACAGUUCAAGAAACCCACCAGACCUGUGGCAAAGAAACAUGCAGCUGCCAAAAAUCUGGCCAGGAAGAAGAGAAGAAGAAUUUAGCCAACAAGACAAGUCCUCUGACAGCAAUGAAAACACAUACGUGAAAAAUUUCAUAAUUUUAUUGUAAUAUUUACAGUGUUUAUGUCACAAUUUAUGUGAUUACCAAAUGAGUUAGACAGGUUCCGUCGAUAAUUCCCACAAAGGCAAAAUGUUGCUGUCAGUUCUAAUUUAAACAACACAACAACACAGCGUUCACAACUUCAAAAGUGCUUCAUUUUUUUAGUAUUGCAUGUGUAUAAAAAUAUAUUGUUACGUUUUCUUUAAGAAAUAAAACAUGAUUGUAAA